CCUUUCCAAUCCCAUGGACAUUCCAGCAAAUGGACUUUUGCAUGCCAUUCUCCCCGGCUUUGCAGAACUGAUGUGUGUCAACCUUCCUGCUGUGCAGUAGCGACCUUGACGGAGUAUCCGAUGUAGCUAUCAACCCCCAAUAUCAAUACCACCUUCGCUUGGUGGCUUGCGCCUUUGGUCCUUGCCCUGUCUCUCGUUUCCUUUUCUGACCAAAUUGGCCCCUUCAUUCUUCUGUCCUCGAUAGCCCCCUUUGUGUCCAGUCUUCGCGUUUCAGUCGACUCCUGGCAUGCCUUGAUCUACCAUCACGGUUGCUGCAUGUUUCCCGCUUCCUACGAUGAGAUGAUUUUUGUUCUUUUGUCUCUUUCCUAGGGGCUACUUUGCCUUCUAUUUCACCGUUUGCGUUUUUGUCAUGGCGUGGUUCCAUGCUCGUGGUCCACGUAAGAAAAACGUGAAGACUCUGGUGAUCCUGUUUGUCUUCGUUGUCCUUCUCACAUUUUUUACAUCCAGAACCUCAAAACCGACCAGGAUCCAGCACAAGUUCCGGCGGAAGUCUUUGGUACAGACGGCCCGCCAAGAUGCCGUCAAGCGCGAAUUUCUCCAUGCUUGGACGGCCUACAAGGACCAUGCGUGGAUGGCAGAUGGGUUGAUGCCCUUAUCUGGAAGUCGGAAACAGCAGUUCUGCGGCUGGUCGGCCACACUCGUUGAUUCUCUCGACACCCUCUAUCUCAUGGAGCUCGAUGCGGAAUUUGAAGAAGCAGUGAACGCCACACUUACGAUCGACUUUACCGCCGGUGACUGCAUGGUCAACCUCUUCGAGUCCACUAUUCGCUACUUAGGUGGACUAAUGGCGGCAUAUGAUCUCAGCAACGAUGCGAGACUAUUGCCACAGUUGGUCCAGCUCGGCAAUAUGCUACAUUCGGCUUUCCGGACCCCAAAUGGCAUGCCUUGUACACAUUGCCAACUGGGCGGUAAGGGGCCACCACUGAUGGCCUCGAGCAGUGCACCUUUGGCCGACGUCGGGAGCUUGUACCUGGAGUUUGCGAGACUGUCUCAAAUCACGGGAGACGACAAGUAUAUGAAGACGGUCAAUCUCCUCAGCCAUGGUUUCGCUCGGGCGCAAAACCGUUCCAGCAUAGCAGGAUUGUGGCCGGAGAUUGUGAUCCCUCUGUCAACAGACGGGCCCAAUGCCGACUUUUCCAGAGCAAGCUACCGUUACUCGCUCGGUGCUUUGUCGGAUUCUGCGUAUGAAUAUCUGGUCAAGACUCAUCUGCUAUUAGGCAAGAAGACCAAGAUCUACGAGUCCAUGUGGAAGGCCGCGUCGAAGCAGAUCAAGCGCCACUUGCUGUUCCGAGCGUUCAUCCCUCAUGGCAAUGAAACCGAUGCCAUCUUUGCCGGCAUUGCCACAAGAAGACCCGACACCAAUCAAACCAUGCUCGAGACGCGCACGGAACAUCUGGCCUGUUUUGCAGGAGGCAUGUUCGCCAUGGCGUCUCGCAUUUUCAACAGUCCCCACGACUUAUACAUCGGGCAGCAAAUCACCAACGGGUGCGUCUGGGCUUACCGCAACAGUCCGACGGGCAUCAUGCCCGAAGCCUUCACGGCGCUCCCAUGCUCAAAUACAGACGACUUCGACGACACGCAGCAGUGUGGCUGGAACGAGUCGUACUGGGACCAAGAAAGCCGCCGUCCCGAGCACUGUCUACAAGGGGACUGUGAGAAGUUCCGUUUUCCUCCAGGGUUUCUACAGGUGUCGGACGCCUCAUACAAGUUACGCCCCGAAGCGAUCGAAUCGGUCUUCAUCAUGUGGCGCAUGACCGGGGACGAGUACUGGCGCGAUGUCGGCUGGUCCAUGUUCGAGUCCAUCGUCCAACACACCCGUUCCGCAUUCGGCCAUGCCGCUCUGUUGAGUACAAUGGAGGUAUUCGACCAAGACCGCUACGACAGAGGUCUGAUGGUCAGGAAAGUCUUGGCUAGAAGACAGGAUGAUAUGGAGAGUUUCUGGUUCGCCGAAACCCUAAAAUAUUUCUACCUUUUGUUCAGCGAGCCCUCUCUGCUCAGUCUUGACGACUGGGUUUUGAAUACCGAAGCACAUCCGUUUCGACUGUCGCCGGAAACAAGAGGGUUUUGAUGGAUGAAGUUACGAGUACUUGAGCAAAUAAAAGCCUGUCGACCCUUCUCUCGUCUCCUAUCUUACCGCAACAGAAGCAUUUAUAUGAACAAACUUGAUUAACAGCAACAAUCAUGCAGUGGUAUCCUUAAGUCGGCGGGAAAAAGAGGCCAGAGAAGAGGACUUGGACUCCUACCCCCUUCAGGUUGUGGCAGGCAGAAAUAAAUACAGUUAACUGUACUCCAGCUGUACAGUACCUCAGUAUCUAAGGUACUGCACUGCAUGUCGACUCGGCCGAAACCCAAAUCAAGCUUAACAUGCAGUGCCCACCUGCAGUGUGCCAGUAGGUGAAUAUGCCGAUUGAAUAUCACGACAAGUAAAAGUAAACACAUUUAAAGGUCUAAAGAGAUGGAGGGGAAAAAUAAGGGAAAACAAAUCCAAAUCUUUCGACCUCCCUGUUCUCGUUUCAGUUCAGUCCGAUUCAUUUUGACCGCUUGUUACCGGUGAUGGAAGACAGACGUGGAAUCUACCGUUAUUUUAGCUUCGACGGCGCCCGUCCCAACUUUGGUGCGGACAGUAAGUACCUUACACCGUGUUGCUGUCUGUCUCUUGCUCUGCGUGGAAGGAACUCAGGUUGGC